AAAAUUAAAAACUACAUUCGUACUUCUCUGGAAGAAUGUAUUUGUAUGAAUGCCUAUGUAUGUAGCAUUGUGAAAAUUCGCAAGUGAUUUCAAGCAAAGAGCCGCCUGAAAAAACAGGCGAUAAGUAGAAAAAACAACGGAUUUGUGUAUGAAAAAAUGAAAAUUGAAAGAAAAGGAGACUCACAUACAUAAAAUAAAUUAGAAUGCCUGCUAAUAAACCUUACGAACGCCCAAAGGACUUUGUGGAUCCCGGAUUGCCCUCGAAAUGCACUUGGCAUUUGGGCACAAAGGAAAAGACACCACAUACCCAACGUCCCAUCGCUCACCGUCAGAAGCUGACGCCAAAUAUUUUAGAGGUUAUUGGCUGCACACCACUGGUUAAACUGAAUGCCAUACCCAAAGCAGAGGGCAUCAAAUGCGAAAUGUAUGCCAAAUGCGAAUUCUUAAAUCCUGGAGGCUCAGUAAAGGACCGCAUCGGCUAUCGCAUGGUACUAGACGCUGAGGAAAAGGGUUUGCUCAAACCUGGUUGCACAAUCAUCGAACCAACUUCGGGCAACACAGGCAUCGGCAUAGCCAUGGGAGCCGCAGUCAAGGGCUACAAUUGCAUCAUCGUAAUGCCGGAGAAAAUGUCGAACGAGAAAGUUUCGGCACUACGUGCCUUAGGCGCCAAAAUUAUACGCACACCCACCGAAGCGCCCUACGACAGUCCCGAAGGUUUGAUUUGUGUGGCACAGCGCCUUGAGAAAGAAAUCCCCAAUGCGAUUGUCUUGGAUCAGUACCGCAAUUCCGGCAACCCACUCGCACACUACGACGGCACCGGUGCCGAAAUAAUAUGGCAGACAGAUAAGAAAGUGGAUGCAGUAGUUGUGUGUGCGGGGACUUGUGGCACGGUUUCGGGCAUUGGUCGCAAAAUCAAGGAGGAAUUGCCCGACUGUAAAGUGAUUGCUGUCGAUCCAUUUGGCUCGAUGUUGGCGCAGCCCGCAGAGCUGAAUAAAUCGAAUGUGUCCUUCUAUGAAGUUGAAGGCAUUGGCUAUGAUUUCACACCCACCGUCAAUGAUUACAAUGUGAUAGACUCCUGGAUUAAAGUGAACGAUAAACAGUGCUUCACGAUGGCGAAACGUCUGAAUGCCGAAGAAGCGUUGCUGUGCGGUGGCUCAAGUGGCGGUGCAAUGUAUGCCGCGCUACAAGUCGCCAAGCAACUGAAAGAGGGUCAACGUUGUGUAGUCAUACUACCCGAUGGUAUACGAAAUUAUAUAACGAAAUUUGUGUCGGAUAAUUGGAUGGAGGCGCGCGACUUCAAGCCAGUGGUGAACGAACACAACCAUUGGUGGUGGAAUACACCGGUGAGUGAGUUGAACUUCAAAAAGCCUGUGGUGCUCAAUUCGGAUGCGAGCAUUGCGGAAGCGAUCGAGGCAAUGAAGGAACACAAGGUGGAGAACGUCGCCUUCGUCGACGCCGAGGAUAGCACAAUUUUGGGCGCUUUGGUACAAGAAACACUACUCAACCAGAUCGUGAGCAUGAAUCGCCAGCAAGACGCACCUGCCGUCAAAGCUAUUAACAAACGCAUUAUACGUUUGCCCUCCAAUGCCAUUUUGGGGAAAUUAUCGCGCAUUCUGGAACUCGAUCCCUGUGCGUUAAUUGUGGAUAAUGAAGGCGAUAAAGAGGUCGUUAAAGCAGUUGCCACCAAAAUGGAUGUGCUCGCGUUCAUUGCUAGCGGUGAUGCCCACACAAAUGGCACUAAUGGUCAGGGAGACCCAUAAAGCAUACCCGCACAUACAUUAAUUAAAAUGAAUAUUUCGAACUAUUUUCAGAGCUGAUUGUCCGUAGUUUUGUAAAACAUUGUCUAUUUCCAAAAUAGUGUCAAUGUUGUAGCGUUAAAAAAAAUCUUUUCAAAGCUGGCAAAAGCCAUGAGCCAGACAAACUAAUCGAUAUUCAAUGAAACCCUACUGACUUGACUUGUUUUAUUUUAAGAAUAAAGAAAAAAUCUCUUGAAAAGCAAAAGGCUUGUCUUUGUAA